UUACUCGCCCCCCCCACCGGCGCGCGUGCGCAGUCCGCCUCCCGUCGGGAGAGUGCGCCACAAGGGCUCCUGUGCGCUCACCCCCAUCUCCGGGCUUUGCCUCCCCCCUUCUCGCCCAUUCCAUGACUUUCUGCCCCCGCUGCGAGCGGUAGUCAGAGCUGGUCAGUGGGGGUGAUUGCCGCCGCCACCCCAACCCGAAAGGAACAGACAUUGUGUGCCUGGGUCCCGCUGCUCAAUCUAUAGAGCUGGUUCUGCUCCCAUCAGUACCUGAGGGCAGGGGGACAGUGCAUCUGCGGGCACCUGAGGCUCGGGGGCGAGAGCGUGCCCCCUGGUGCGCAGAGGUUCUUGGGGGUGCCUUGCCUUUGGAAUCCGAGCGCCCUCUCACACCGCCUCCCCCCCUCCGGCGAUCUUCCAGUUACAUAAGUGGAGUGGGACAUAGUAUGUGACUGCUUUCAUCGUCCUAGAGCGCUGAGGAUUACUGGGACCACAAGAGGAUCAGAAGGGGCAAGCUCGUGGCAUCGCUCUGACUCCUGUCAAUUAUUCCUGAAAGUUUAUUCUCUUUUCACUUUGGUUAUGACUGAAUCACCCAAACCGAAACUCAGGUGACUUUUACGGAGCCGUGGUAAUGUUUCUGUGGCUUUGCCCUGAAGACUUAAGGUCAUUGUCAAGAGUCUGAGAAGGUCGCUCUCACCAGGGAGACCCUUUGCGGCCUUGCUGGGAAUACCUCUGUGCAGUGGCUUCUGGUGUUCGCGCUUGGGUGUGGGUUGGUCACGGCAGAAAUGGACCCUACCACAAAAUUGAUAUUCCUGACUCAUGGUCAGGCAGAUGUGUGCUUCUGGUUAUUUUUCCAGGAACACUGAUGAGCUCUGCAGAGCCAUUUGCACGUUGCCCCCCACUAAAGUCUGACAUGACAGGAUCAAAUUCGGGGGUGCUUGGUGACUGUGGCUCCAAAUGUCCUGGCUCCAUAAAAAUACAGACACCAGUUCCUGCUUUGAUGUGACAUGUGACUCCCCAGAAUACACCUUGCUUCUGUAGACCAGCUCCAACAGGAUUCCAUGGUAGCUGGGAUGUUAGGGCUCAGGGAAGAGAAGUCAGAAGACCAGGACCUCCAGAGCCUCAAGGACAAACCCCUGAAGCUGAAAAAGGUGAAGAAAGAUAAGAAGGAAGACAAAGAGGGCAAGCAUGAGCCCUUGCAGCCAUCGGCGCACCACUCUGCGGAGCCUGCAGAAGCAGGCAAGGCAGAGACCUCAGAGGGCUCGGGCUCUGCCCCAGCUGUGCCGGAAGCAUCCGCCUCCCCCAAGCAGCGACGCUCCAUCAUUCGUGACCGGGGGCCCAUGUAUGAUGACCCCACCCUACCAGAGGGCUGGACGCGGAAGCUUAAGCAGAGGAAGUCUGGCCGCUCUGCUGGGAAGUACGAUGUCUACUUGAUCAAUCCCCAGGGAAAAGCCUUUCGCUCUAAAGUGGAGUUGAUUGCGUACUUCGAAAAGGUAGGCGACACCUCCCUGGACCCUAACGAUUUUGACUUCACGGUAACUGGGAGAGGGAGCCCCUCCCGGAGAGAACAGAAACCACCUAAGAAGCCCAAAUCUCCCAAAGCUCCAGGAACUGGCAGAGGUCGGGGACGCCCCAAGGGGAGUGGCUCAGCGAGACCCAAGGCGGCAGCAUCCGAAGGUGUUCAGGUGAAAAGGGUCUUGGAGAAGAGCCCUGGGAAGCUUCUGGUCAAGAUGCCCUUCCAGGCGGCGCCCGGGGGCAAGGCCGAGGGGGGUGGGGCCACCACAUCGGCCCAGGUCAUGGUGAUCAAGCGCCCUGGCCGCAAGCGGAAAGCCGAGGCGGACCCGCAGGCCAUCCCCAAGAAGCGGGGCCGGAAGCCUGGGAGCAUGGUGGCCAUGGCCACUGCGGAGGCCAAGAAGAAGGCUGUGAAGGAGUCUUCCAUCCGCUCUGUGCAGGAGACCGUGCUCCCCAUCAAGAAGCGCAAGACCCGGGAGACGGUGAGCAUCGAGGUGAAGGAGGUGGUGAAGCCGCUGCUUGUGUCCACCCUCGGCGAGAAGAGCGGCAAGGGACCAGCGGCAGAAAAGUACAAACACCGAGGGGAGGGAGAGCGCAAAGACAUUGUUUCAUCCUCCAUGCCGAGGCCAAACAGAGAGGAGCCUGUGGACAGCCGGACGCCCGUGACCGAGAGAGUUAGCUGACUUUACUCAGCGCGGAUUGCAAAGCAAACCAACAAGAAUAAAGGCAGCUGUUGUCUCUUCUCCUUCUGGGUAGGGCUCUGACAAAGCUUCCCGAUUAACUGAAAUAAAAAAUAUUUUUUUUUCUUUCAGUAAACUUAGAGUUUCGUGGCUUCAGGGUGGGAGUAGUUGGAGCAUUGGGGAUGUUUUUCUUACCGACAAGCACAGUCAGGUUGAAGACCUAACCAGGGCCAGAAGUAGCUUUGCACUUUUCUAAACUAGGCUCCUUCAACAAGGCUUGCUGCAGAUACUACUGACCAGACAAGCUGUUGACCAGGCACCUCCCCUCCCACCCCACCUUUCCCCACCCAGUUGCAGUCGUUAGGGACAUUAGGGAUGGACAGCCGUCGAGAGGACACUCUCAUUUGGUGCCAUCGGUGCCCUGCCCACGGUGCCACAGCUCCCCCACCCUCAACCACAGUGGGACAGGGAGGCGAAGCAGAAAGACCGUCACAUUCUUUAAAGAAGGCGACGGAGAUGGCCGGUGGCUGCAGCCCACAUCCCCACACCAUCCCACAUGUGGCGGCACAUGCCUGGCCCCACACCAGCCCCAAUCCAAAAGUGACAAGGACAUUUCACGGGACAAGAAAGUGGCACCUGUCUGCUCCGGCUCCAGCGCGGCUCUGAGGGAGUCCAGAACUGUGAGUGUAGACUGGCCUGAGCCAUAGGAGAGGGUGGCCCUGGGUGAGGUGAGGUCGCCCGUUCUUGGGAGGUGGCGCUAGAGGGGCCAUGGAAGUACCAGGACAGGCGCAGGCUGCUGGCCGCACUGCACCGGCUGACCCAGCUCUGCGGGGGGGUGGGGGGCACAGGACAAGAGAUUCCUAGUUGCUUAGAGUAGCCUGACUGGUAGUUAGGGACUUCGGGACGGGCUGAGGGGCACAGGGAGGAGAGUCUCGAAACUGUUCUUCUGAUUACUUUCCAGUUCUCCUGUAGGGACAGCAUAGAACUAUUUGCACUAUUGAGUCUUUUUGUUCCCACUUCAAAACAAACAUGCUCCGAAAGCAGCCUGGCUUGAACUGGGGACACUCUGUCCCUCGAGCCACCAGAUGCGAUGGUGUUCCGAACUACCUGGAUCUGUAUAUACCUGCGCUUGUUUUAAAGUGGGCUCAGCACAUAGGGUUCCCACGAAGCUCCGAAACUCUAAGUGUUUGCUGCAAUUUUAUAAGGACUUCCUGAUUGGUUUCUCCUCUGCCCUUCCAUCUCUGCCUUCCAUUCAUCUCACCUUGUCAUUUCACCCAUCCUCCUGCCUUCUAGCUCAUCCUCUCUCCAGGCAGCCCCCAGUACCCACCCACAUGCCAAGCCGCUCUGCUCGGGUCAGCCCCUGCCCCCAAGCCCUCCCAGCCUUUGCCCCCGCUGCCAGCCCCACUCACUGUCUGCGCCCUGGGCGCACGGAGUCCACCAUGGCCUCUCUGAGGAGUGGGAGGGCAGCGCGUGUUGCUCCUCAGGUAGUGCCCUCUUCCCUGUGCUCAAGGAAUGCUGGCCACAUCUGGUAUCUGGGGUCUGGCCUGCCACAGUCACCGAGGAGCCCAGGAGGGCUAGCAGAGUGUGGCAGGGCAGCGGGCGAUAAGCCCUGACCCGGGACUGGGACUGGCACCUGGGCUCCGGCCCCCUCUGCUAGCCCUUUCCCUGCUGAGGCCUUUCCCGCAGAGUCGCUCGCUUUGCCCGCUGCAGACAGGGUGGGGCCAGGACACCCCCUCCUCCAGUCUCCCCUGUGAGCGUGGGAUGGGGUUAGAGGCUUGGUCCAUUUCUGUUUAGGAUCCCAAAGUUCUCACCUGUGUUCAGGAAGUCCUUAUCUAGCUGCAUAUCUUCAUCAUAUUGGUAUAUCCUUUUCUGUGUUUACAGAGAUGUCUCUUAUAUCUAAAUCUGUCCAACUGAGAAGUACCUUAUCAAAGUAGCAAAUGAGACAGCAGUCUUACCUUCCAGAAACACCCACAGGCACGGCCUGCGUGAGCUGCUGCCAUGAACUGUCAAGUGCGUGUUGUCUCGUGUGUUUCAGUUCUUGUCCCCUGGCUUCCUUACUGCAGUGUAAUCAUGAAGGAUGAAACAUCAUAGAAACUGUCUAGCACUUCCUUGCCAGUCUUAGUGAUCAGAACCCUAGUCUCGACAGUUCCAAUCAGUAGCUUCAGAUAACCCAUGUCUGUCUCCUGUCUCCGCGAUGGUUGGGAGUGAGGGAGUCCACCCGUUCUGUUCUAUAGCCGUAGUCCGGACUUUAGCCCCUCGGUGUCCCUCUCCUUGUGCCGACAGCCGACUCCCAUCUGCCAGCCUGGCCCCUUCACCCGCUCUGCGUUCAUCCUCCUCUGCCUCCCUCUGCCUCCUCCCCAGGAAGGGAGUGGGGUCAUAGGAAGGGAUGAGGACUUCAAAAAUCCUCUUCCUCCAAGGACAAAAGGCCCCCGGCCCCACGGUGGCCUUGCACUCCCGGCACCCCCAAAGGACGCCUACUCACACAGGCGUGGCACCCAGCCAGGUUGUCGUUGAGAAGAUGUCUGUCGUGGUCAGCGGGGUUGGCUUGCACCAUUCUGCCCAAUCUGGUGGAAUGUGGUUCUGGGAAGAGGAGUGUGGGCCCCGAGUCUGGGCCUCUGGGCGUUUCGGUGUCGUUUUCUUUCAUUUGGUCCCCGCCUGUAGCCCCCUGCUUCCCAUUUCUCUCCCUUAGAGUUGGUUCUAAAACCACAGGCAGUGCCUGCAGCUCCAUAGGGUUUCCUCUGUGCCCCUCUGCCCCGUCGCCUCUUAACCCCAUGUAAAGGAUGAGUUGGUCGCCUUUCGGCAGGCAGCUUUGGCGGUCUGUGGCCCUCGCAGGCAGGGCCCUGCCGCUCCCAGGCCCCUGCCAUGGGGUCAGGGUGACAGGAGGUUGGAGGGAAAGCCUUAAAUCACGGGAUUCUCACCAGCUGUGUCCGGCCCAGUUUUGGGGUGUGACCUCGAUUCUGUCUGUACUUGAGCACUAUGAAGACUGGGGGCACCUUUCAGUGACUCUGUCAGCUUUCAAAUACCCUGGGGCAAUGUCAUUAAGGACACACCCACAGUCCCCCACCCCAUUAGUCCUUAGUUACUACCUCCUCUCCCCACGGACUGUCCUCCCAGGUAUGCCUGCCCGGGCCUGGCCCAGCCCUUCACAUUGGUGGCUCUGACACAGCCAGUGAGAAGCCAGCCUUGACUGUGUGGUGAGCUGGGUUACUGGGCCAUAGCCUAGUACAGCCCCUACUGAGGCGCUGUAUUCUUGUAUCAGAAGGCACAGGGGACACCUGGAAAUGCCACCUGUCCCAGUCCAUCAGUGCCAAACUAGCCAAGGAGCCCAGCCUCUCAGCUUGGGACGGUGAAAGCCAGCACCCUGAUAUGGGUAUGGGUGUGGGUGAGUCUGCCAGGGGCCACCAACAUUGGAAGUGGGACCUGGAGCAGCCCCAACUUGUCAUUACUGUGACAGUGAUCAUGAAAGAGUAUAACGACCAGGAACAAACUGCCAGGUUUAGUGGGAAAAGUUUCUUUAGCUGGCAGGACCUCUGAAUUUUAAGUAACUUUUACUAAGUGGCUCCAGCCCAGGAGAGAGCCAGAGAGUAUGGACUGAAUCUACCAGGUAGGACUGUGUCAGUGUCUCAGCUUGCGCAGAGCCGAGCAGCCAGAGCUCCAUGUCCCCUUUCCUUGAGCACUUGGCGGCUCUUGGGGGAGACCUCUGGGUUCAGUCGUAGCCUGGGCCCAUGCCCCACUGCUUUUCCCAGCUCCAGUUCACGCCCACAGAUUCCAGGACCAAUGGCCUAGGCCUCAGCGAGUGUGCGCUCUCCAGGGCCCCAGCUUCGGCCAUGGGGCUAGGGGAAAGUGGCCACAGGGUGGGCUGGAUGAGCCUUCUGCCCUCCGUCCUCUUCCUCUCUGUCCUGCUCUCUGCACCCACGAACAGCUCUGUUCGUGAAGGGAUUUGUUAAUUCUCUCCAUUUUGAUGUCUUUCUCUUUUAGAUAUUGUAUCAAUCUUUAGAAAAGGCUUAGGCCUAAUUGUUAUAAAUCGCUAGGAUACUGCCUCCUCCAGGGUCUAAAAUUACAUAUUAAAGGGGGAAAAUUGAACAUUGAAACCAGUUCUCAACAAUGUAGAAGGAAAACCUAGAAAACACUUGGCAGAAAAUUACAUUUUGAUGUUUCUGAAUAAGAGCAAACUUUUGCAAAAAUGCCAAUCCAAAAAUACUUAGUACUUGGCCUGAGAUAUCUGGUGAAUGUGACUGGCACAAGGAACUCGAGUCUGAAGCCUCCUGCACCUGAGGCGUGGAACCAGGGCCUCGUCAUUGUCACUUCUGGGGUCACCAUUGCCGGGGACACAGCUUCUGACCCUGUCCCUAGGAGGAGGGGCUGGGUGUUAGCCUUGUAAGGCUGGCACAUUCACCAGUGGUCCCUGAGGCCCAGACCACCCACCACCCUCUCACCUUGACAGAUUCUGCCCCAUCCUUGCUGGGGCCAGGAAAGCAGAGUUGUGUCUAGGGAGCUAGGUGGGGCCCCAUGGACGGGAGGGAGGACAGGCCCCAGCCUGAUCCCUGCAUCUGAAUUCAGGAGCAUGUAGGCGGCCGCCAUGGGUCUCUGCCCCAUUCUGCCUGUCUUGCCUGUCUGCUCCUGCUUGGCAGUGAGAAGAAAUGCACCCAAAAGGCCACAGGCUCAGCUCCUGCCACCGGUCACCCUUCUCCCAGCAGUGUUUGUGUCAAGUGGCAGAGCUGUCCUUCCUGGUGACCCUGAUCCUAUCCAGUAAUUUAAGAGAUUAUGCAUAGGCCUGCUUUGUCUCCUCUGUCCUGGGCUUUUGUUUUGCUUUGAGUUUUGCUUUGAGUUCUCCUGUCCCUUUUAUUUUAUGCACCAACUAGACACACAAAGCAGUUGAAUUUAUAUAUAUAUAUUGCACAAUUAUAAACUCAUUUUGCUUGUGGCUCCACACAAAAAAGACCUGUUAAAAUUAUACCUGUUGCUUAAUUACAAUAUUUCUGAUAACCAUAGCAUAGGACAAGGGAAAAUUUUUAAAAAAUGACAAAUCUGUCUGCUGGUCGGUUCUUGGGUCCAAGCAGCUCUGUGGUCUUUCCCCCUCCUCCUGAGGGCUUCUCCAUGCUGAGCAGCAGCGGAGGGGAAGGCUCCCCACCCAGUGACUUGAGCCUGGGGGCUGAAGGGGAGAGGGAGGUCAGGGAGCCCGGGGCCAUGUGAGACAGGCCAGGGGUCCUCUGGAAAGUAGCGAAGACUCCAGCAACGUCCCUUUCUAUUCUCCCCCUCUCAUGAGUAAUUGUGUUUGCUUUUGUAACCCUUAAUGAGCAAUAUCUGCUAGAAAGGUUAGCUGUAACAGUUCUUUUUGAUCACUUUUUAAGUCAUUAAGAACACCAAAAAAAAAAAAA